AACUGGCUGCACGACGCCCAGUAGCAGCAUACCCUCCUGGUCCUGCACUCCUUCCAGCUGGCCCGUGAGUUCCUGCAGAAGGGAUCGUCACCAAGGUCUUCAGAUUACUUCGUCCUUGAGUACAUCUUCAGGAAGCUUUUUAAGAGGCUCUGCUUGGAUGACGACAGCACCAAAAACCUCACCACCCAGAACUGCAAGGACAUCGAGCAAGGCCUUGGGGAGGAGGGACCUGCGGCAGCCACUCACGUGGAGGAAGAAUCUCAAGGCCGAGAUGAAGAAACUAGAGGAGGCAACCGCAGCAACAGAGGCAGUGGGAGAGGCUGAAACAGAGAAGACCGAGGAGGAGGAAGAGGAGGAGGAGGAGGAGGAGGAGGAGGACAAACAGAUCCUGGAGAUGAAGACUGAAAAAGCCCAGGAGGAGAAGCGGGCUCGGAAACGCAAGCUCCAGGAGAAGAAGAAACUGGAGGAGAAGCUUCGUCUCAAGUCGGUCAUCCUGGGCGACACCGGGCCAAUUGAGACAGGUGGGGACGAACUCUUCAGCCUCGAGGAGCUGUCACAGCCGUACAAACAGACACACAAACGGACAACCCUUUGCUGGUGACCACGUGACCUUGACCCUGAGCGGCGUUGACCCUGCGGCGCUGCACACGGGGGACUUCCUGUGUGACCCUUUGCACCCCAUACCUCUGACCUCCCAGAUACAGGCGCGGAUUGUGGUCUUCAACAUUGUCGUGACGCUAAUCAAGGGAGCCCAGCUCCGGAAAACGACGAAAGGAAGAACCAAAGGAAGGAAGACCAUCUCAGAAGACCCCAGAGUCAGCCCCUACAGUCCAAGAAAUAGCUGAAACAAGUCCAACCAACUUUCCUUUCUUUCUGUUUCAAGUUUCCUUUACCUUUAGCGAGGUGCCAAGGCGGCGGCGACCAUGGACCCUCCCUGUCAACAGCCGUCCUCUGCCACACUGUGUCUGCCAUCCAUGUCUUGCAGCAGGCCAGCCAUGAGUUUGAUUCUUUGACGUCCUCUUGCUCUUCUUCCUUCCAAGCAAGCAGUCACUCUUUGGUCCUCAGCACACGACCCAGAAGCUUCACUUGUCGCCUUCUUAUGCUUUUCAUCAAGUGCCCGUCUGCUGCUGCUGCUGCUCUUUGUCAUAGAGUUAAUUUGUCAUUAUCUUAGUUAGUUAGAGGUCCAGAUAAUUGUUGUAGCUAAACCCAAGACUCCUGUCCCUCCCUACCUUCCUCUCCCUCUCCACCUGUCUCCCAAGUUCCCAGUCUGCAGAGGUCCAGAUAAAUGUUGUAUGGGCAAGACUCCUGUCCCUCCCUCUCCUUCCCUCCCUCCCUCUUCCUCUCCACCUGUCCCCAAAGUUCCCAGUCUGCAGAGGUCCGGAUAAAUGUUGUAUGGGCAAGUCUCCUGUCCCUCCCUCUCUUUCAGUUCCCUUCCUUUCCAGUCUUUCUCUUCUUCCAUUAUUUC